CUGGGCGCCGGGUGCAGACGCUCCGCUGCAAGCUCGACCCGAGGCCGAUGCCUGCGCUCGCGCCGCCGGGUGGGAAGCAUGAGGCCGCAGCUGGAGCAGCCACCCUAUGAUUGGCUGUGGCGCUGGUGAACCCGAAGUAAAGAUGGCGGGCGGGCAGGCAGCCGCCGCACUGCCCACUUGGAAGAUGGCGGCUCGCCGCAGCCUCAGUGCCCGCGGCCGGGGGCUCCUGCAGGCGGCGGGGCGGCUGCUGCCGCUGCUACUGCUGAGCUGCUGCUGCGGCGCGGGCGGCUGCGCGGCGGCCGCCGAGAGCGAGGAGACGGUGAUCAUCGGGCUGCGGCUGGAGGACACGAACGACGUGUCGUUCAUGGAAGGAGGGGCGCUGCGGGUGAGCGAGCGGACCCGGGUCAAGCUGCGGGUGUACGGGCAGAACAUCAACAACGAGACCUGGUCCCGCAUCGCCUUCACCGAGCACGAGCGGCGGCGCCACAGCCCCGGCGAGCGCGGGCUGGGGGGUCCCGCGCCCCCGGAGCCGGACAGCGGCCCCCAGCGCUGCGGCAUCCGCACCUCAGACAUCAUCAUCUUGCCCCACAUCAUCCUCAACCGCCGCACCUCGGGCAUCAUCGAGAUCGAGAUCAAGCCGCUGCGCAAGAUGGAGAAGAGCAAGUCCUAUUACCUGUGCACGUCGCUCUCCACGCCCGCCCUGGGCGCCGGGGGUCCGGGGUCCGCGGGCGGCGCCGUCGGGGGCAAGGGUGGCUCCGGGGUGGCGGGGCUCCCCCCACCCCCGUGGGCCGAGACCACCUGGAUUUACCACGAUGGCGAGGACACCAAGAUGAUCGUGGGUGAGGAGAAGAAGUUCUUGCUGCCCUUCUGGCUGCAGGUGAUCUUCAUUUCGUUGCUCCUGUGCCUGUCGGGGAUGUUCAGCGGCCUCAACCUGGGGCUCAUGGCCCUGGACCCCAUGGAGCUGCGCAUCGUGCAGAACUGCGGCACCGAGAAGGAGAAAAAUUAUGCCAAGCGCAUUGAGCCCGUGCGCAGGCAGGGCAACUACCUGCUGUGCUCGCUGCUGCUGGGCAACGUGCUGGUCAAUACCACUCUCACCAUCCUGCUCGACGACAUCGCGGGCUCGGGCCUCGUGGCGGUGGUGGUCUCCACCAUCGGCAUCGUCAUCUUCGGGGAGAUCGUGCCCCAGGCCAUCUGCUCCCGGCACGGCCUGGCUGUGGGAGCCAACACCAUCUUCCUCACCAAGUUUUUCAUGAUGAUGACCUUCCCCGCCUCUUACCCGGUCAGCAAGCUGCUGGACUGCGUCCUGGGCCAGGAGAUAGGCACGGUCUAUAAUCGGGAAAAACUGCUGGAGAUGCUCCGGGUCACUGACCCCUACAACGACCUCGUGAAGGAGGAGCUGAACAUCAUCCAAGGGGCGCUGGAGCUCCGCACCAAGACGGUGGAGGAUGUGAUGACUCCCCUCCGGGACUGCUUCAUGAUCACCGGGGAGGCCAUCCUGGACUUCAACACGAUGUCGGAGAUCAUGGAGAGCGGCUACACUCGCAUCCCAGUGUUUGAGGGGGAGCGCUCCAACAUCGUGGACCUCCUCUUUGUCAAAGACCUGGCCUUCGUGGAUCCAGAUGACUGUACUCCCCUGAAAACCAUCACUAAGUUUUAUAACCACCCCUUGCACUUUGUUUUCAAUGACACCAAGUUGGACGCUAUGCUGGAAGAAUUUAAGAAAGGUAAAUCUCACCUGGCUAUUGUGCAGCGAGUAAACAAUGAGGGAGAGGGGGAUCCAUUUUAUGAAGUUCUGGGAAUUGUCACCUUAGAAGAUGUGAUUGAAGAAAUCAUCAAAUCUGAAAUUCUAGAUGAAACAGAUUUAUACACUGAUAACAGAACUAAAAAGAAAGUGGCCCAUCGAGAAAGAAAGCAAGACUUUUCUGCCUUUAAGCAGACUGACAGCGAGAUGAAGGUUAAAAUAUCACCCCAGCUCCUCCUGGCCAUGCACCGCUUCCUCGCCACAGAAGUAGAAGCAUUUAGCCCAUCCCAGAUGUCAGAGAAGAUCCUUCUAAGGCUGCUAAAGCACCCCAAUGUCAUCCAGGAACUGAAGUAUGAUGAGAAGAACAAGAAAGCCCCCGAAUACUACCUCUACCAGCGAAACAAACCUGUAGACUACUUCGUUCUCAUUUUGCAGGGGAAAGUGGAAGUAGAGGCUGGGAAAGAAGGUAUGAAGUUUGAAGCCAGUGCUUUUUCCUACUAUGGUGUAAUGGCCCUCACAGCCUCACCAGGUACUUCUCAAGAGCCCCUUCAGCACCUCUUGAGAAUCAUCCCACGUGAUUCAGUAUGCUGAGAAAAAGCCUCAGGGAGAUGAAAGGACAGAGAAAAACUGAUCCUCUCAGAAAUAAAGAUUCAUUAGGCAUCAAACCCAUUCUCACUAAUCCUGUUGCAUCAGUAGGUGACUGAAAUACAUAUCUUUAGUAUACUAAAGAAACUGAAGAAUAGAUGUAACAUUGAGGUGGGAGGAUGCCAAAGCUUUCAGUGAGGUCUGUGCAAAGACUUAAUGCUAAAUAAAGAGAAGUCUGUGACUCACCUCCUGAGUAGACGAUACCAUGCUGUAAGGGACCUGUGUAGGUACCAAUUUUCAGCUUGCCAGUUUUCUGUGUGAAGAGAUAAGGUCUUUAUAAUUCCUUAUCAAUAUUCUAUUACAAUCGCUACCCAAAAUGCUACUUGGCUGAUAGCCAAAUGAAUAGCACUUUAGAAUUUUAUUCUUUUGAACUAUUUGGCUAUCUCAAUUAAGAUCUUAGAUUGAUUUCAAAAGUGCUAUGGCUAAUAACUUAAAAAUACCUGUUUCUCAGACUAGGAAUGGGAAUGGAGAAACAUGAAGGACAAUGUGCUAGCAGACAGAUCAUCCUCUCAACUUACAGUAUCCACUUGACGCAGUACUGUGCCUUCUCCAAAAAAGAGUGGUUUCCGUGCAUCCACCAAGAUCAGGUCAAAGUAGGACUGCCAAGGUCUAUGAGAACUCCCAGGCUGAUAAAGAAGAAUCAGGAAAUGCUAAAACAUCCUCCUUACCUUAUUAAGGCACUAAUAUUUAAUCUUACUCAGAUGCAAGGAAUGUUGAAAUACUAAAAGUAUAAUUAGAAGACCCCACUAGUCUAUUAAAAUCAUACUGUGUCUCAGAAGCCACAUUCUUUUCAAAGCAGGCAAGGUAAAAAUAUAAAUCAACUAAUCUAUUUUAAAUCAUUUCAUCUACUAUGUAUUAUCUCAUCAAUUUAAUAUAUGAAAGAAAUUGUGUUCUCUGACAUGGGCUAAAAGAGCCUAAGUGGGUGUAAGGAAAGAUACAAAUACUCAAGCGACAUUAAGAAAUAGGUGCAUCAUCAUCAGAACUGAAGUGUAUAAUCGUGGAAUAAUAGGAAUUUUACUGGUUAUUUCUCAGAAUGAUGACUCGAGGUAAACACUGGUCUUAUGACCCAUAUUGCAGGCUAAUCACAGCACUAAUGUAGAAGUUAUACCCACUAUUUAUUUCCAUCCUGAAAUAGAACCACAGAAUUAGCCUUUAAGGCCAAGCUGAAGAAUACUGUUUACUGUACAUUUGAGUAAUCUGAAAACUGGAAUUUACUGAAUUUAUUCAAAGCAGCAUAGGACUCAAAUCCCCCAGUUAUGUGACAAAUUGCAACAAUAUUCACUUAAAUCUAAGUGAAGCCAUACCAUAGGAAUGAAGACCCUGCAAGAUUAACUCUUCUUUUGGCAUAAAACUCAGCAUGAAUUAACAGGAGAAUAUAGAUGUUGUCAAGAAUACACUCCUUUGUUUCUUUUAAUCAGACCUUCCUCAACCAAAAGUUCCUUUCAUUGUCAUACAAAUGUAACAUUCUGCGUAGAAUUUCUUGUUAUAAAAUUAUUCUUGGUCAAUAGCUCUUAUUUUUGCCUACCCAGUAUUCAUGUUGCUAGUGCCUUUCAAUUCUACUAAUUCACACAUUACUUCUAAUGUUAGUAAAGAUUUCUGGAUGGUUCCUGACCAAUUCCUUACCCUUAAUAUUCCAGGAUGAUUAAAUGUAUUCAUUAUUACUAAAGCAAUGUUCUAUAUAAGUUACAUGUAGUAGUACCUUGGGGCCAUGUGGGAAAUCAAACAGGUAGGUCAUAAUUUUCUGGAGGGGUAGAAAAAAAAUCAACAUGAGAUUCACACAUAAUACUUGCAAAAGACAUGCAACAUCUAAAAAAAUUGAAAGCUUUUUCAUAAGACAUGUCUUUUCCUCUAAAGUUUAUGAAAUCAUGGCAGUGGACAUCAGAAAUUAAUGAUUCACUAUAACCAACAAAACCUAACAUUUUCAGAGAACAGAGGCUUCUUCUAGGAGAUAUUUUUGUAUACUCAUCCAUUUAUCUCUAUCCAGUUCUCCUAGUGGACUGGAACAUUAGAAUACUAGACAGAUGGACGUAAGGGGCAUCUGAGGUCAGGGCAUAGAGAAAAUCAUGGACUCAUUUGGAAAUAACACAUACCUUGGCCUUCUUAUUACUGUUCCUAGAUCAACCAAGUCAGUGAACCACUGGCCUUAUAAGACAGCUCACUCCCAAAUAAUUGGAUUUCUAAAUCAAGAAUUUAUAUAGAGUAUUGAGGGGGAAGAGCUGAGCUUCUUGCUGCUACUACAAAUUUAUUAACUGUCUUAGCAAAAAGUAAGAUGGAGUUAAGGAAUUAUAUCAACUUUUCUACAUGUUUUAAUCAUUGCAAAAAAAAUUUUAAGAGGUAAAUUUUGAUAAUUAAAAUCAAAACAUCUUUGCACCAUCCAUUGCUCUCUAGCUCCCAAAUGCAUAUAUAUAUAUACGUGUAUGUGUGUAUAUAUAUGUGUAUGUGUGUGUAUAUAUGUGUGUGUGUGUAUAUAUAUAUUGCACAGGUAUAUAUGCAUGUGCAAUAAAGGAUGUGACUCUCAAGUUGAUAUAUAUAAUGCAUCAAAGAAAUAUACAUGCCAUUUCAAUUAUUUCAAGUAUUUUAAACCCCAAAAUCAAAGCCUUCAAAUAGCCAAUUGUAAUCAGGGAAAGAAUCAAAAGAAAUAUUUUGAAAUAUUUGAGAACUAUGUUAUAGCCUUAAUCCUAUGUAUCUUUGUUUUUUUCACUCUGAAACAACAAAACAAUGGGGGAAAAACUACUCAAUAAAUUACUAUCCUCACCUCAUCUUCACAGUUCUUUACACCAAAAAAAUUCCUCUAUACAAACCAAUAAGAAUAUUAAGC